GGAGGCCGCCAAUCUCAUUACAACAACCAAAACACAUCAACAGAAUGACGAAUUUAUCAGUGGGAAGGAGACUAAAGACCAAUAUAAUGGGCUAGAAUCAAUUAACAAAUUCAUCUUGGCAUACAAAUAUUAUAAACGAAGGUUUUACACCAGACUGGGUCGCACCUCCACCUAUAAAAAUUCACCUCAUCAACGUAAAGCAGAAG